CUUGUAGCAACAGUUGUGAGAUUUAACUACUUGCACUUUUUUUCUGCCUGUAUUCUAAAGGAAAUUGUUCAUGUCAAGAGAAGCAAUGAAGCCACAGUUUGUAGGAGAAUGUGAUGGUCUAACAUUCUGGCUGGCCAGACCCCAAGACUACGAAGAGGUGAUGGCGAUAUCACAGAACAUCUACCAUGGCAAUGACUACCUUCCACAUCAUUACCACAACUGGAUGUCUGAGCGUGACAGAGUGGUCAUAAUUGGCAGGAGGAAUGAAAAGCUGGUGGCACUGGAAUCUGGACUGGUGGUUGAUGGAGGGCAAACAGUGGUGCUGGAGGGAUUAAGGGUGUGUCCUAGUGAAAGAGGACGCGGUGUGGCUGGGGUUAUCCAGAGAGUGACUGAUCACUACAUUAAACAGGUUUACCCAAGUGUUACAACAAAACGAUUUACAAGAGGUGACAACCCAGGACCUGAAAAACUCUCCAAGUUUAUUGUUCUGGCUUGCCGGGCUAUCCUGUCUUUGUAUGGUGAGACAGAGAAUUUUACAGGAUUUAUCUCAGGCCUGAAAGCAAAACUGGAAAGCACAGAGAAGUCAGCUGGGUCUAAUAAAAAAGAAAGACUAUUUGUUCUUAAGGACAGCCAUCAGCUUAAGUCAAUACUUCUGGACCCUGAACUUUCUUUGAGACUUCAGCUUCCAGGAGGUGCCAUCAUGCAAAACUGGCAGCCUCUUAAACCAAUGAAAAGCAACCUGGAAAUUCUUGAAAGGCGAAACCUGACUUAUAUUUUUGACUGUGUUGAAGAUAAACCAAUGUUUAUGAGCUUUCACACACCACCAUAUCCUGUUCCAUUUAAAGGUGGUGCUUUGCGGUUCAACAUAGACAUGUUUGGGACUGAUGUGUCCAUAGCAAGGAAGGCACUAAUAGCACAUUUAGAGCAGGUAUUGGAGGAGAUUCAUGGCACGGUUGUGGUUCAUGUUUACAUGCCUCAAAACUUUUGGGAAGCCAUUAAACAGUUUUGUGAGGGAGUUGAUGGAGUAAAACAAUAUUUAGAUUACUGGGAGCAACUCUUUUUGGAGAAAGAAAUGAUGCUGUAAAUGACAAGUAGUAAUGAUGUUGAGAUGAAGAGCUGUAUUAUGGUCCAUUUGUAUUUAGGUCCUAUUGGCCAUAGGAGAAGGUAUCAACAUUUUAGUAAAUCAAUUAUGUUAAAUUUACAUAACAGUUUAGGCUAUCAUUGUUUAUUUGUUUUUUUUUGCCUGGAGAGGUGGAGGUAUGUUCUGGAGAGAAGGGGAAUAAAAAUCAGUAGGAGUAAGACAGAAUACAUGUGUGUGAAUGAGAGGGAGGGCAGUGGAGUGUUGCAGGUGCAGUUGCAGGGAGAAAAGUGGUGAAGGUGGAGAAGUUCAGGUACCUGGGGACAACAGUGCAGAGAAAUGGAGAGUGUUUACACGCAUCCGUUUCUGUGUGCCAUGUACUGUGCAUACACAAAAUACAAUUUGAAAUAUGUAAACAAUAUACUCUUAGUAAUUAUAAGGACAUCUUUGUACUUUAUACUCAAAAAGGUACACAUUACUACCUGAGAGUACCAAUGUGUACCUUAAUGUACAACUAUACAUUAAAUAAGGUAUAAGGUACAAAGAUGUCCUUUUAAGGGUACUGUCCCAGUGGCAAGCUGUUGUAUUUCUUUCUUUCUUUUUGUUUUCUAAUCAUAUAUAAUCAUAAAGCAUAUAAAGCAAAAAAAAAUUAUGAUUAAAAAUAAAACCUGUCAAUGACACAAGGGUUAAAUGAAAAAACAAAAACAAAAAAAACAGGUAAUACUAGACAUUUCGUCCCACCCACUUUUGAAAUGAUGGCUACGCCCCUGGUAAUACUACGACUACUACUAAACUUUAUUUCGGCUUCUCCCGUUAGGGGUCGCAACAGCGGAUCCUCCGCACGUUUGAUUUAGCACGUUUUUACGCUGGAUGCAACCCUCCCCAUUUAUCCGAGCUUGGGACCGGUGUUGUGCCUAAUUCAACCCCCCGGUCUGAAAUCAACCCCCCCUUCGCGUGCAGGCGGACAGUACCGUCGUAUUUCCUGUAGAUGGCACCAAAAACACGGAAGGCAAGCUGAAUGUAAACCCCCUGCCCGAAUUCU